UUUGACCUUAGUUGUAAGCAUCAAAAUAAAUUCUAUGAACGUUUCUUUUUACUUUUCCACCACAAGUAGGCACAAUGAUACUUGUUUUACUUUGUUGUAUUACCAAACAAGUUACCUAUUUCCAAAAGAAGAAGAGGGGCGAUGUUCCCGGCUGGAUUGGCAUUUUCUCUCCGUUUCCUGCGGCGCGGAGCUCUCUCUUCCUCCGCGGAUCUGCCGCACCCACUGCCCCCAAAGGAAUCUAACGAAGUUCCCGCCAAUAAUGAGCCUAAACAAAAGGGCAAGGGCAAAGGCGAACCAUAUGAGGGACCGCGUUUCGUAGGCCUCCGAAAGGGUUUUAAGCUCCAUCAGUUGGCGGCAGGCCCCGGUAUGAUGGUGUCUCUGAAUAAGCUCGAGGCCCUGUGGUACCAUCGGCAACUGCUGGCCCUUCGCCACUUGGAAAUGGCAGCCUCGAAUCUUUACAAGGAGCGAUUAAUUCGAGGAUUCUGUCAUUUGUACACUGGCCAAGAGGCUUGCGCCGUGGGAGUCCGUGCCGCGAUGGGCGAACAGGAUAAACUCAUUUCGGGAUAUCGAAUACACGGCUGGGCGUACAUGAUGGGCGUGUCUGCUCAGAGUGUCCUUGCUGAACUCACCGGGCGCAUAACAGGAUGCUCGGGUGGAAAAGGCGGUUCCAUGCACAUGUACGGAAAGAACUUCUACGGAGGAACUGGGAUCGUUGGAGACCAGGUACCCGUGGGAGCCGGGCUGGCUUUUGCAGGAAAGUAUCUGAAAGAUGGAGCAGUAUCUCUGGCCAUCUAUGGCGAUGGGGCUGCUAAUCAGGGCCAAAUUUUCGAGGCAUUUAACAUGGCUCAACUUUGGAAGUUACCCAUCAUUUUCGUGUGCGAAAACAACAACUAUGGCAUGGGCACGAGCUCCAAUAGAUCCUCCAGCAACAAUGAGUAUUAUAGGAGAGGUGAUCUGCCAGGCAUCCAAGUCGAUGGUCAGGAUGUCUUGGCCGUAAGGAGUGCCACCACAUUUGCCAUUCAACAUGCGAAAGAAAGAGGUCCUCUAGUGCUAGAACUUAAGACCUAUCGCUAUGGCGGUCAUUCGAUGUCGGAUCCUGGAACGAGCUACAGGAGUCGAGAGGAAAUCCAGAAGGUUCGGUUGGAGAGCGAUCCCAUCAAGAGUUUCCAGCAGGUUAUUAUGAAGGAAUUCAACAUGGCGGAGGCUGAAAUCGGGGAACUGGAUACGCUGGUGAGGAUUGAAAUUGAGGAGGCCACCAAGGCAGCAAGAGGCGCUGAGGUUCCCAGUUUACCUCACCUCUGGAGCGACGUCUAUUCGGGCCACUAUGAAGGGCCCUUAAGGAAUGUCAGCGAACACUCAGUGAAACAUAUAAAUUUGCAUAGGAAAUGUGAUUCAAGAGCUAAAUCAGAAUCCUGAAAUUCAAAGUUGUAAACCAUACAAUCUCAUAAGUAAAUGAUGUAAUUUUAAUUAAAGAAUCCUAAUUAAAUCAGUGAUUUAAUCGAA